AUGGUCCCUCGUUGCUACCAGUCUGUCGCUUCUGCGCUUCUGCUUCUCUCUCAGGUUGCCAGCACUUCCUUCGCUUUUAAAUUUACUCCUACUGGCCAGACUGUGCAAUUAGAUGGAGCAUCAUACUAUAUCCCUCCUGAUGUGGUCUCGACUAUCACCGUCUCGAAGCACUUGAAAAAGGCUUUGGACAGUGCUGGUGGACUGCUCCCGUUUACUGUCGUCAACGCCAAUUCUUUCGAUUACGGUGAGAGAGACUUCAGCCAGGCCAUUACUUCUUACACAUCCACCGACGAUGUCUUCAGCAAAAGCUUCUUGGAGGCUAUCUAUGUUCAAUACUCUGGCGUGUCGAGCCACAAGUAUCCAGGCUUCUCAGCACCCAAACUGUCUGGCAACAGCAGUGUGGGAGUCGUGACCACCGGAUUCGCCUCAAAUACCUCAUCCAUCCCUGCUGGUCCUUACUUUGUGACCUCGACUGGUGCAGUUCACCAAGCCUGGAAACUCUUCAGCGAUGUCCAAGGUGCUUUCCUCGAAACCACCAUCGCAAACCAGGAUGGUACUUUCUCUGUAUUGCCUGCAAAUGUCGAAGGCCAAUCUUUGGCGAUUGCCGUACCUUCUCGUCUUUACUUCACCAAGACAGAAGACAAGCCGCUUGCAGGUGUCCGUUUGGGUAUCAAGGAUAUCUACGAUAUUGCUGGUUUGAGGACUUCGAAUGGUAAUAGAGCAUGGUAUCACUUCUACCCACCAGCCAACGAGACAGCUCUUACUGUUCAGCGUCUCAUCGAUGCUGGUGCUAUCAUUGUUGGCAAGAUGAAGACUUCGCAAUUCGCCAACGGCGAGACCGCCACUGCCGAUUGGGUUGACUAUCAUGAACCUUUCAACCCUCGUGGUGAUGGAUAUCAGGAUACCUCUUCUUCCUCCAGCGGACCCGGUGCUGGUGCUGCAGCAUAUGAUUGGCUGGACUUGACUCUGGGCUCUGACACCGGUGGCAGUAUCAGAAACCCUUCUCAAGUACAAGGUCUUUUCGGCAAUAGACCCUCGUGGGGAUUGGUGCCGCUUGAUGGUAUCAUGCCCAUGGCUCCUCAACUUGACACUCCUGGCUUUUUGACCAGACAUCCAGACAUCUGGAUCGCAGCUUCCAAAGUGUUGUACCAGGAUAACAUUACUCUUUCCCACAACUACCCUUCAAAGAUCCAAACCAUCGGCUGGCCUACCAACAACAGCUCAGUGGCCAAUGGUCUCCUUCUCUCCUUCCUCGACAAGCUCAGCACCUUCCUCAACGCCACCACCUCGACUCUCAAUAUUACCGAACAGUGGACCGCCUCCCAUCCUGCCAACGUGACCUCCUCUAUCGUAGAACUGAUGAACAUAACCUACCCCGUCCUAAUCGGCCAACAAACAACCUCCAUCCGCGACCCCUUCUACGCCGCUUACUCCGCCGCAAACUCCGGCCGCGUCCCCUUCAUCAACCCCGUCCCCAUGACCCGUUGGGCCUGGGCCGACAGCCUGCCCAAAUCCUCCGUCGCCGAUGCCGCACACAACAAAACAAUCUUCCAAACCUGGAUCCACGACAAGAUACUCACACCCUCCGAGAGCACAUGCAGCGACUCCCUCGCCCUCUACGUCGGCGGCGCGGGAACCACAAAUUACAGAAACGCAUAUAGAAAAGCUCCGGGCAUUCCGUAUGGGUUUGAUACCAGUAAGGUGUCGAAUAUGGGCAGUGGACCUGAUUUUGUGAUUCCGAUUGGAGAAACACCUUAUGUGUCGAACAUCACUCUGCAAACCGAGUAUCUACCUGUUAGUGUGGAUAUUCUGGCUGCUAAAGGUUGUGACGGUAUGAUUUUCGGGUUGGUGCAGGAUUUGAUCAAGGCUGGUAUGAUCAAGGGCACAAAGGCUGGAUAUAGUGCUGUUAGUGGUGAGCAGAUUUUGUUCUAG